ACAUCCGUAUUUACUAAAUUAAAUUAAUAGAACGGCAGACCGCAACCCAGAUAGGCAGGGCGUCUCCACUUUUCUCCCUCCGCCUCCUCCUCCCUACCCCGACGCGUCGCCCAAGCAGCGGUGGUCUUUCAAGGCUCUCCCCCUGCAUCCGACGGCCAAAAAGGCGGCUGGCGAGCCCGUAUCCGGUCACCUACGGCAGAGGGGGCUUUCCUGGCAUAGAGGGAGCUGUUGGAGAUUGUCAGUAGAAGCACCUCAUGGCAAGAAUCAAACCACAGGCAUUGUUACAACAAAGCAAAAGGAAGAAGGGUCCAGCACGAAUAAGUCUGACCAGCAUCAUUACUUGCAACCUCGUUGUCAUUUUGAUUGUUUUAUCCCUAUAUGCCACUUACAAGCACUGGUAUCGAAGGUCAAGCUAUCAACAAGUGGUUGGCUUGCACAAUUUUGAGCACUCAGAAACCUUUGGAGAAUCAAAGAAACAUGAUCUUCCAAGCUACGCUAUUUUGAACACCGCCAAAGGUUCAAUAACCAUGGAGCUCUACAAGGAUGCUUCUCCUGACAUUGUGGACAAGUUUGUUGAGUUAUGUCGAAAUGGUUAUUUCAAAGGGAUGCCUUUUCAUCAUGUGAUAAAGAACUAUGUAAUUCAAGGAGGUGAAUCUCAAAGACUUGGAGCUGUGGAAGAUUGGAUACUGAAAGGAAAAUCCCAUGGUCGACUUGCUAUAAGCCCAAAGCAUGAAGCAUUCAUGAUUGGAACCACAAGGGCUAAUCCCGAUGAUAAAGGAUUCGAGCUCUUUAUUACAACGGCACCAAUUCCUGACUUAAAUGACAAACUUGCUCUCUUUGGACGGGUCAUCAAGGGAGAGGAUGUGGUCCAGGAAAUUGAGGAAGUUGACACAGAUGAACAUUAUCGGGCCAAGUCCCCUGUGUGGAUCAUCGACGUCACACUAAAACAGGAGCUUUGAACAAUGCAGUUCCUUUUUUUUUCUCCACCUUCGAGAACUUUUCUGCACCUGACUGAUGGUCUGCAUGCGGUACUAUGAUGUUGCCAUUUGAAGGGCCUUCACGAGUCCGACAUGGUUUCAACCGUCAUGCGGUGCUUGGAUUGAAUUGGACUUGUAUGGUAAUAAUACUUUCCUUUGGUGCAUGUAUAAAAUUAACAGACAGUUGUUGUUGGACCGCAGUUUUGACUGUCGGCACAUCUGCUGGGAAGCAUAUAAACUGUAAUUUUGCCAUCCUUCACAUAUUGCAUGAUGUUUUCGGGCACUCUCAUUGCGCUUUAUGCGAUGCUUGAGCUUGAAAAGAUUGCAUCAGCCAUCGUUGUCAAAUAUGAGACCGUUUAUCUUUUUUUA